AUGGACUUCUGGAGCAAGAAAAGCGAUGAUCCAGACCACAACGGCAAGAUCACCAUCCAGCUGCUAAAAAGCCAGAUGGGAGAAUUCAAUCUCGAGUCCAUCCUGCUGUUGAAACUGAGAGGUGUAGGGAUUUUGGAACUGGGCUGCCUCGACAAGUGCACCAGCUUGGAGUGGCUCGAUCUGUCAGUCAAUGGCCUGACCCACCUGGGCCCCCUCACUGUGCUCAAAGCCUUGACCAUGCUCAAAGCCUUGACCGUGCUCAAUGUCGCCGCCAACCGUAUCUCAAACCUGGAACCGCUAAGCGGCUGUGAGAGCCUGCAGAGUCUCAACACAUCCAGCAACCAGCUGCACAACCCACAACAGUUGCAGUGCCUGGCCGGGUUGCAGCAUUUGGACAAUGUGCACUUCCACAACGGCCCAGCCCGGCUCAGCAACCCCUUCUGCGCUGCCCCCAGCUACCCGGCCAUCCUGGCAGAAAUGUUCCAAUGGGUGAAAGUGAUUGAUGACGAGCGGGUGUCCAGACGGGGUAGCGAGCUCUACCAGCUCUGCAAGGAUCUGGACCACUGGCUGCAGCAUUGCAACAAUGGUGGGUGUCUCAGCAAGAUGACUGGCCGGGCUCAGCCCUGGGUGGAAGAGUGUUACUGGGAGGUCCAACCGGCCAGGAGAAGCUCCAUUGUGGAGGAGGCCUACAAGCAGUUCAGCGAGGCUUUGCUGGAGUGCCGGGAGUUGAGCAAGCAGGCCGACCACAGCAUCUGCCAGGCCGAGCAGGAGCUUGGGCAUCCCAAUGCCAACUUGUAUGUUUUUUGA